UGGAAAAUUCUUAGAUGCUGUCAACUAGGCCAGCUUUGCCAAUUACGUUUACGUACGGUCAGUAAUUUCACUGUUGCCCAAGAAUUCAAAAAGCGAGCAACGCGUCUUCCAAAUUACAGUCAAUUAAGAACAUCAGCUUGCAGCUCGAGUAUAAAUUUACCACAGCCUAGUUCAAACAUGGCCAGCAAAACAUCCCAUUUCGUACUGCCAAACACGCAGCCAAUUGCCGAUUUGGAUUGCAAGAGCGCAUUUCAAAAUCUAACGGAUAAGGAGAAGCUGUAUGCUCACUACUUUAGCAAGGCAUCGUGGGAUGGUGGCCUUAUCGCCCUCAUACAAUCGAGUCCCGAGGCACCUCUUAUUUUCUCGCUCUUGCAUCGCAUUUUUGUUGCCGAAAAACCUGCCGAAUUAAAAGUUAAAGCAUUGGAAGCUGGCGCGUCCGAGGAGGACUUUACUGCAUUCCUUGUUUACGCUUGUGGUGUGUUUGCCAACGCUGGAAAUUAUAAAGGCAUGGGCGACAGCAAAAUUGUGCCUAAUCUGACAGAGGAUAAGUUUGAGGCAAUUGUACGCUCUUCGGCUGCCUUUAAGGAUGAGCCACGUGUGUCGAAAAUCUAUGAAAAGGUCAAGGGACUCGUUUAUGCUCUAGAAUCGCGCAAUGAGAUUCUUGGCUUUGCCCCCAAUGGCAUAACCACCUAUUGGUCCGACAACUGCACCAAGGAAGAUUCCGAAAUCGUCAAUAAUUGGCUGACAUCGAAGCGCAUUGAGCCAUACAUGUGUCGUACGUUUAAGAUGAUUGAAAAUGGCAAAACCCUCUACGAUAUUAAACUGGGAUCGGUUGCCGAAUCCAACAAGGAAGGUAUUACCUUACCUGUAGAGGAAUUCAAUGGAAAUAAUUUCCGUGUUACCCGCGGAGAUUACCAAACGUUGUUGAAGCGUGUCAACGAAAACUUGCUUGAAGCUAAAAAGUAUGCAGCCAAUGAAAACGAAGCGAAAAUGAUUGAGCACUAUAUUAAAUCCUUUGAGGAGGGCUCGCUGGCCGAGCACAAGAAUGGCUCGAGAUGGUGGAUCAAGGACAAGGGACCUGUUAUUGAGACCUACAUUGGUUUCAUUGAAACAUACCGUGAUCCCGCUGGCGGUCGUGCUGAAUUUGAGGGAUUUGUUGCCAUGGUAAACAAAGAAAGCUCGGCGAAAUUUGCAGAGCUGGUUGAUCGCGCUGAGAAACUUGUAGAGUAUUUGCCCUGGACGCAACCCUAUGAGAAGGACUCGUAUUUGAAGCCAGAUUUCACCUCGCUGGAUGUACUGACCUUUGCUGGAAGUGGUGUACCUGCUGGUAUCAAUAUACCCAACUACGAUGAGAUUCGACAGGAUGAGGGCUUCAAGAAUGUGUCAUUGGGCAACGUAUUGGCCAAUAUUAAUCGCAAGGAUCCCAUACCUUUUCUUUCCGGCGAGGAUCAGACGCUCAUGAAGGAGUACAAAGUGAAGGCCUUUGAAGUACAAGUGGGUCUGCACGAGCUGCUUGGCCACGGCAGUGGCAAAUUGUUCCGCAUCGAUGAGAAUGGUGUCUACAACUUUGAUGUGAAAGAAGUAAAGAACCUCAUAACGGGUGAACCUAUUACCAAGUGGUAUAUGCCUGGCGAGACAUACGACACGAAAUUCGGUGCUAUCGGCUCAUCAUAUGAGGAAUGCCGUGCAGAAGCUGUCGGUCUUUAUUUGUCGUUGCAGCGAGACAUACUCGAGAUAUUUGGCUUCAAAGAUGCUGCCGAACAAGACGAUAUUAUUUACAUCAAUUGGCUGAGUCUGAUUUGGAAUGGCAUGGGCGUUGCCUUGGAAAUGUACAAUCCCAAAUCCAAGCUUUGGAUGCAAGCGCAUUCACGUGCACGUUUCGUCAUCAUGAAAGUUCUGCUCGAGGCUGGCGAGGACUUUGUUACCAUUAAGGAGACUGAAGAUGGCAAGAAUCUGUUGCUCACAUUGGAUCGCAGCAAGAUCCAUACUGUUGGCAAGAAAGCGCUGGGGGAUUUCUUGACCAAACUGCAGGUAUACAAAUCCACUGCCGACAUUGAUGCCGCUUCCAAAAUGUACGAACACUUCUCGGAAGUCAAUGAGAGUGGUUCUCAUCCCUGGGCCAAGUGGCGUGAUAUAUGCUUGGCCCACAAGAAGCCCCGCAUCAUUCUGGUCCAGGCCAACACUUCGGUCAAUGAUGGCAAGGUGGAUUUAAAGACUUACGAUGCGACACACGAGGGCUAUAUCCAGUCAUGGGUCGAUCGUUAUCCAACCACCGAUAUUGAUAAUGUGCUGGAGGAGAUUGUUGAGAAGGACAAAAAGUAUUUCCCCAUUGCAUAUUCAAACUAGAAACCGCCUCGAGAGUUUACAUUCAUGUAUAUUCUGAAUAUAUAUAUUAAAGAUCUUUAGAUAUUUUUAA